AAAGAUUCCGGCAUCGUUCCAAAUUUAAAAACAAGGUGGGAAUACUUCUCAAAAUCAACCUUCCGUGAAUCGUUCGCAGAAGUUUUUGUUUUGCUCAAAGAAAAAGUUAUCUAGUCUAUGGAAAUGUCUGACGACGAAGAACAAGGAAAAGAGUAUUUGAUCAAGUUUUUAGCUUUGGGUGAUUCUGGCGUUGGUAAAACAAGUCUUUUAUAUCAAUACACGGAUGGUCAUUUUAACCCUCGAUUUGUGCCUACGAUAGGGAUUGACUUCCGAGAAAAACGAGUGAUACAUCAUCCUUUGGGCCCAGAUGGAGUAACCCGUUCAACAAGAGGUCAAAGGGUUCAUCUUCAACUUUGGGAUACUGCCGGACAGGAAAGAUUUAGGAGUUUAACUACAGCUUUCUUUCGAGAUGCCAUGGGAUUUCUUCUAGUCUUUGAUCUGACACAUGAACAGUCAUUCUUAAAUAUUAGGAACUGGUUAAGCCAAUUGCAAACACAUGCUUACUGUGAAAACCCUGAUAUAGUUUUAAUUGGUAAUAAAGCAGACUUGGAGGAUCAGAAACAAGUGGAUGAGAAUGAAGCCAGGACACUUGCAGAGAAUCUGGGUCUGAAAUACUUUGAGACUAGUGCAUUUAAUGGGCAGAAUGUGAGCAAAUCAGUAGAGGCCUUGCUUGACCAGGUUAUGGCAAGAAUGGAAAAUUGUGUGGACAAAGCCACUUUACCUAAUGGUGUUUUCAACAACAAUCCUAACAGAGGUACAAAACUAACAGAAGUUGAUGAGGCAAAUGAUGAACCACAAGCAGGCUGUUCGUGCUAAACGAACGAUCACAAUUAUCACUUCUCUAAUAGCUUUUUCAAGUGCAUAUGAAAAUAUUUUCUUCUGAAAUGGUAACAUACCAUAUAAAACAUUUGAAACAAGAAAUCCAAGAAAAACUUUAUGAUUGCUAUUACCAUGACACCAGAAAAGGUGUAUUUUAUUUAGAAUUACAAGACUUUGUAUAUUACAGCUAUUACUUAAAUAGUACAGAAUAAUGUGGUUUAGUUUUUGGGAACUGAAUGUGAGACAUUCAAUGCAGGGGGAUUAUGGUGAUGUAUGUAGUUAAAGUUGCUUCAAUUUUUUUCUACUUUGCUGUAAGUUAUUUAGUAUUUAGAAUUGUUAACAGUCUAUAACAGCCCUGGGGAACAGGUUUACUAAAUGCAACCACAGGGGAAAGAGAAUUCAAAUGUAAACCUUUGUCUGCAAUUUCGUAGGUAGUUUUCAUUUGCAAAUCAACUAUCAGUGUUAUUAAAUGAAAAUAUAUUUCAUAUGCACUUUUGUGAAUGUAGUCAUGAAAUAAUUUGAAAGUCCAUGGUUUAUAUUGAUAAUAACCAGUAUUUAUUGAGUCUGUCGCAAUGCAUAGAUAGCAAGUUUACAAAAAUUUUUAUUUUAUUUUGGCAAAUACAAAGUUUUUAUUUGUGAUAGUGGAUUCAAUCAAAUUCCUGCUAGUCUGUGCUAUGAAAAUGUAAUCUACAGAAACUUUUUAGGGCUACCUUAAAUUGUGACAAACACUCAGAUUAUCAUUUAGCCCUUUUGUUAGAAGUGAUUAUAAUCAUUAUAGAUUAUCACAAGUGCAGGUAGGGGGUUUUGGAGGACACCUUCAUAUAAUGGGUCACUAUUAAUAAUAGAAAAAUUUCAAUGAAUACAUGUACUUGUGAGAAUAAAGCAAGCAGCCUCAUGUUUUUUUCUGUAAUCUAGUGACAGGUUUCCUUUCAGAGUUGGAGCUAAACAACUAACCAUGACUGGUAAAGGUAGAAAAAGAAUUAAAUUGCCCCCCUUUAUUAAUUUUCCAUUUUAGUUUGGAAAAAAAGUUUUCUAAAGCUUGAUAACAGUGAUAACCCAAGGUAGUGUCCUCAUUCAGUUUCUUGAUGUACUUGGGAGAGACCUCUCAGGGAAAGAUUUUGGUAGCAAGUUCUUUAGCAUAUUGUACGUGUCAACAAGAUAGAGUGAGGUACAACUGAAAUAAUACAAUAUUACAGGCAAUAGUUAAAUUUACUCAUCCAAACAUGACAUGAUGUUGUGUGAUGAAUUUGCCAAGGCAAUAAAUCAGUGGCAUAAGGUCAACAUGUAAUGACAAUCUGAUCAGCUACUGUUGACCUUUCUACCAACUUGUUCGUCUUGGAUCAGCUUCUACACUGUAGAGUUUCUAAAUCCUUGACAGUUUUUAGUUUGUUCCUGUAAACUUUAUUUUGUCAGACCUUAAAUAGAAUGUCAAAUGUGUGGACUGUCACAAGUACAGUUCUAAGGUUCAUCAGGUAUUACUUCAGUCUAGUGACCAGCAAUCCUAAGGCCACAAGUGGAUGUUGCUAAUGUAUAAUUAGGCCUCUUUAGUUUAAUUGUUAAAUUUCAUAUACCAAAUUGUCAUGUUCAUUUGUGAUAUUUAACCAUUAGACAGUGCAAUUAUUUAAAAUGCAAUCCCUUGAAAUCAUGGUGUUAACUCUUGAAAUUGUGAAUGGUACCAAAGAAUUAUUAAUAAUGAAUAAACAAACAUUUACUGUUCA